GUUACCUGCAGUAACAGGUUUGACCUCGCGUGGGGCUCGUGGGAGGAACACAAGAAGCACGGGCUCAUCUCUCGCGAGGAACGACGCCGUUAUCGGAAUCUCUACAAACAACACGAGAAUUCAUCAUUCACACGCUGUGAAUGAUGUCUGAGCAAGACCUGGAUGAAAUUGUACAAAUAACAGUGGAGGAAUUUGGCCAGGGUGACCAGACAGACAUGCUGGACAAUCAUGAAGAUGAUGAGGACAAGCCUCAGAAGAAACGGAGGAAAUUGAGCAAUAACCAGGAGAACAACAACAACAACAACAACCAAGAUCUCUCUUUUAUUAAGAACCUUUUGCUCUCACUCAACUCGUCAAUCUCCCAGCGACUGGACAGUAUUGAGUUAAAGUUACAGGCAGUGGAAGCCACUUGCAAGUCUCUUGGACGCAAAUUGGACAGCAUGGUACCCAGUCCCAAAAGUCCCAUCCAGGUACCUAUGGUUGCAGGAUCGCCUCAGGGAGCCACUCAGACCUGGAACAAAGUGCGCUGUGUUGUUCCACAAACAAAUGUGAUAGUGAGCAGUGACCGCCCAAAGGGGGCAUGCCAGGAGGACACUCCACUGGAGAACCUACUCAGCAACACAGUGAGCGGGCGGAGGCAAAACACCAUCCUGGUGAAGGUGCCGGGCCCUGAAGAGACGCAGGAUGAACAGGAGAGUGGCUCAGAGGCCAGUGAUUCCGUUUCCAAUGGCGGCCACGUUAGCCAAAAUGGCCAAAAUGUCACGCUCAUCACCCUCAACUCUGAGGAUGACUACCCAGCAGGCACCUGGUUGGGGGAUGAAAACAACCCAGAGAUGCGUGUCCGGUGCCCCGUGUCGCCAGCUGAUAUGCUCCACAUCGCCACAAACUGCCGCACAGCAGAAAAGAUGGCGCUCACGCUUCUGGACUACCUGUUCCAUCGGGAGGUUCAGGCCAUGUCCAACCUCUCUGGACAGGGCAAACAUGGCAAGAAGCAGCUGGACCCACUCAUGAUCUAUGGCAUUCGUUGCCACUUAUUCUACAAAUUUGGCAUCAGUGAGUCAGACUGGUACCGCAUCAAGCAGAGCAUAGACUCAAAAUGUCGCACCGCCUGGAGACGCAAGCAGCGCGGCCAGAGUCUGGCCGUCAAGAGCUUCUCCAAACGCACACCUCGUGCUACAGCCACAGAAGGAGGCAUUGGAGGAGAAACAGCCCACAUCGAGACUGCUACCCAGCAGACCUUGCACUACGCCCUGGCCAAUCAGCAGGUCCAGAUACACCGCAUCAGUGAGGAUGGACAGGUCCAGGUGAUUCCUCAGGGUCAGCUGCACAUUGCCCAGGUGCCACAAGGAGAGGAGGUGCAGAUCACACAGGACAGUGAGGGAAACCUCCAGAUCCACCAGGUGCACGUUGGUCAGGAUGGACAGGUGUUGCGUGGCGCUCAGUUGAUAGCAGUGGCAUCAGCUGAUGGUGGGGCCGCCGCAGUCGAAGGCUCCUCCCUUCCCCCUGACAUCCAAGUGCAGUACGUUCAACUAGCCCCUGUUGCAGACCACACUGCUGCCGUACAGGCUGCUGAGCUGGCCCCAGCCCUGCAGGGAGACAUUGAGGUGAAAGAGGCCAUCCAGGGUACCAUCCAGGGCGAGAAUGGAGAGGUGGUCCAGAUUGUCACAUCUGUUGCUACCUGAGAACCCUGCCUGGUACACCUCAACCCAGAACUUGGCCCUACAGCAUGGCUAAACAAGUGAGAAUGGAACAUCAGAGGUCAACAAAUAAAUACGGUCUAUGAAGUUACACUUGCAAUCAAAUCAAAAAACCUUUUUUAAAUAAACACAAAGUCACUGAUCAAAUAGAGUGGAGAAGCAUUUCUUUCUAUUGUGUUUUCCCGCAACUACUUAACUUAUUGCCAACCAAAUGUCGCAAUGUGGAAAUGUUCACAGAGAACUUGAAAAGACCAUGAUGCUCCAAAAUCAACUGUGGUUCUUCUGGUGUUUUCAUCGCCAGAAGGACCUGGCCCACCACAGAAUACACAGAGGAAUUACACUCCAUCCAUAGAGGAUGCUACUUAGGCAGACCAUCACCCCGCCACUUCAUCAGCACACAUGCUUGUUUACAUCAACUUUGGAAAAUAGCUAAGCUAUUUGGAGUUACGCUGCUUGGCUAACUCUGAAUGCCCCCCCUCCCCACUCCCUGAAUCCCACCUCAGACAACCAGUACUGUGCUGUACUGUACUGUUUCUUGUCAUUUUUUGUCAUGUUGAACUGCAGUGGAAAGUAGAUUUAGCUGAUGACAGCUACUCUUGGUUGUGAUUAAUUUGGUUUUGUGUCUCAUUCCUUCAUUUGCUCUCCGUCCUGUAUCUCCGAGGUAUGAACACCACCUUCCUUCAGUUUUCAACUUGUUUUCAUAUUGGUUUGGCCAGAUAACUUAGCUUGUUUGAUUUACCUAAUUGUAACAUGCUGACAUUUUUGUGGGGGGCUUUAAUUUUAGAGGUAGAAGACCAUGACAUCAAGAGGACGAUGCCAGUAUUAGACAGUGGAUCAGGCAGAAUACCAAGAAAACCUUUAUGUUGGUUUUUCUCCCCCGUUGUUUCUCUGUGAAAGAUACAUUCAUGUGAAUAAAAUAUUUUGUGGUUGCCAUAAAA